AUGUCCGAAUCGAUGUCGUUGUUGUCACCUACGGGUGCUAAUCGCUACCUGAGGUGGAUCUGCUCAAACGAUCCAGAGAAGCUGACGAGUUUGUGUUUGAUGCAUUUGAGCUUCCUACUUGAUUUGCCAGAUAAUGAACUUGAAAUCCUUGCCAACACCGAGAAAAACAAGGAUCACCAGGAUUCUUGCAAGGCAGAGAAGAGAUUUUUUAGAGGGAUAACUCGCAAGUUUACAAAAGAUAACAAAGUGAAAAGUGGUUCCUGUUUUGGAUGUCCACUAACAACAGAUGUCCUCAAACUCAUCAAGCCACUUUUUGAGCAUCUCAACUGUGAUCAAAACUUAACAGAGGGAAUUUUCAGGAAAACAGGAAACCUUUCUAGACAGAAAGUGCUGAGGACAUAUCUGGAUGAGGGUGUAGACAUAAGAAAUGAGUUGGCAUUAAAUUCAUACACAUCUCAUGACUGCGCCAAUCUUUUAAAAUCAUUUCUUGGGGAACUUCCAGAACCUUUGUUGGCUGAAAGUAACUUCUUCGCAUACUGCCAACUUGAUGGUAUUUUUAACGAAUCAAAGAAACUGGAGUGCAUACAGUUGCUGAUGAGGUUGAUACCGAAUGAAAACCUCAAACUCUUCAAAAUGCUGAUCAACCUGAUGGUCUCAAUAUGCAAGAAGGAUGCAACACUCAUGUCCCAUGACAGCUUGGCUACAAUAUUUGUACCUCAUCUACUUGUACCAAAAAAUAUGAAUGCCAAGGAAUUGUUCCAAAAGCUUCCAGCACUGACUGAAACAAUUUCUUUCAUGAUCAGAAGUAAUGAAGCCAUCUUCAACAUACCCGAUAAUCUGAGGUCAGACAUCAUGCAGUUGCAUAGAAAGUUCUUAAGCAAGCGUGCCUCUCUAGGUGAUGAACUAACUAAGACAUCAUCGUCGUCGUCAUCUGCAACAUCGUCUGCAACAUCGUCUGUAACUUCAACAUCAUCAUCUGCAUUCACGAAAUUAAAAAAGGCUUACAAACUUGGUAACUUCUCGCCAUCUCGAUGUCUUCAAAAGAGGAAGUCUUUAGAGAAAGAGAACCUUUCAAUCUUAGCCAGCAUCAAUCUAAGCAUAGACAUCAGGAAGAAUGACAAAAAGCACAGCAACACCGGCAACACCAGCUGUAGUAGUGACGAGAUUACAACAACCAUCUCAUUCACAGACAAGCAAGCUUGCCUGACUGCUUCCAAAGAAACGGACACGAACAAAGCGCUAACAGAACUAUAUGACUACAUCAGUAGUCUGCCGAAGAAUAACAAGAGAAAAUUAAUGAAACAGGUAAACUCAAAAAUGGCAAAAAAAGUUGUGAAUCCAUCAUCUAGCGUCACGCCAUCCUCGACUUCGUCAGCAGCCUCAUCCUACAUACAAUCUCCUGCAAAGUUCAACAGAUUCAAAAAAUUUAAACCCACCAAAAACAAAAUUUUCAAAAUCAACAAAAGUUUUGACAACCUGACCAAAAGUUUCAACAAUGAUAAAAGCAACAACCACGAUGCUGAUGAUGACGUCUUCGUUGAUGAUGAUGACGUUGGCUGCAGGACAGAUGAUGUUGACGACGACGAUGAUGUCGACGCCGAUAAGGAUGUGAGUUUUGAAAGAUAUCAACAGUAUGAAGUUCUCACCCCUUACAGAAAAUCAUGGCUGAGGAACCCAGACUUGAAGGCUCACGUGGUCGACUGCAACGAUUUCGUCAUUGGAGAAGGUGCAUCCGUCAAUCUCAGCUGCAACGCAUCACUGAUUCUCCCGCCCCCCUAACUUACGUCCUCCUAACUAAUCAUUUCCAUUACCUAAUUGCUUGAUAUCUUCUUUUUGUUUUUGUUAUUUUUUUGUGAUCAUUUCAUAUGAUUAUUUUAUUCUUAUUGUAAUUACAAAAAAAACACUCUUUUAAGUUAUAUGAAAUUGAUAAAUAUGUUGGAAUGAGCUGACACCAAGACAUCAAAAUAAUCACAAAGGCUUGAAUAAGUACAAUGAUAAUGCAUAUUUUCUUUUUAUUUAUUACUAACUAACUAAAGAACCAACUUGCGGCUCAUGGCAUAAUAUACAACUAACAACAUGUGCAGCAGCGAGAAAGCAUCUACUUUACUUUAUCUUAUAAUUUAUACUGGCAGCAUUGCUUAGUGACUUACGUUAAACAAUUCUCAAAAGUAUUUCAUGUAUUUGACAGGUCGGUCAGCAUUCCAGUUAUUUGAUAAUUGGUGAUGUUAUUAAGAUGAUCAUUAUACUUACGUUUUGUAAAUAAACAUUUUCACAUAAGAAUUUGUUUUGGUUCAAACAUUAUUUUAUUUGUUUGUUUCAUUUUAUCACUUGUUCAAUCAUCCCUAAAUUGAACGAAAAUGUUCAAUUGAA